UUUCGCCAGCUAAAACUGGAGCGAGCCCAUCGCCAUUAUCAAAAACACAAAGGAGAUGUUCGCUAUACCAUGAAAUCGAAUAUUCACAAGUGGGUGUCCCGUCAUCCGGAAUGGGUAUCCGACCUGCCCUGGAAAACUCAUCGCCCGUCCCUUUCUCCCGAACCAGUCGAACACUUAUGCGAAGGUUGCGGGUACGUAAGGUAUGGAGGCAUGAAAGUCUGGUGGAUCUCAAAGGAUGAACCCGACAAGUACAAAUGCCACUCUUGCUAUGUACAGGAUGUUGACCAAGCGAUGCCAGCGGGCUACGAAGGAAUCACGCGCUACAAAGACCUGGUCGCUCGCAAAAAAGAACUCGAUAGACUAGAGAAGAAACCAUCUCCAUGA